AUGGCGAAAAAUACAUAUAUCAAACUAACCGACUCCUUAAUUGCCGCGCAAGCGUUUGUCUUUUUCGUUGCUGGAUUUGAAACGUCUUCGUCGACGAUAUCGCAUACUCUCUAUGAAUUAGCACAAAAUCAGGAAAUGCAAGAUAAAUUACGGCAAGAAAUUAGAGAUGCGUACAACAAAGAUGGUGGAACUCUGACGUACGAAGGUAUCAAAGGAAUGAAAUAUUUGGACAAAGUGUUUAAAGAGACACUAAGGAAGUAUCCAAUACUGACGAUAUUAAACAGGCAAGCAAUGGAGAAUUAUACGUUUAAAGGCACAAAACUCACCAUACCAAAAGGAACAAUAGUAUGGAUACCAAUAUAUGGUAUACAACACGAUCCAAAUAUUUAUUCAGAUCCUGAGAAAUUUGAUCCGGAAAGAUUUAACGAGGAUGCUGUUGCUGCCAGACAUCCUAUGAGCUAUCUAUCCUUUGGCGAUGGCCCGCGAAACUGCAUUGGUGCCCGAUUCGCCCAAUAUCAAAGCAAGGUCGGUGUUGCAACGAUUCUGCUCAAUUACAAAGUCAAUGUUUCAAGUCAAAGUCAAAGUGGGUAG